UUUGUUUUCACUCAUGCACACAAGUGAAAUAAGUCAAAUGGAUUGGUGCCAAUAUACAAUUGAUUGUCUAAUCGAUGCAAUCCUAAUUUGGAAGAAAAAUCCAUUUGGUUUCACGGGAUCUCUAUUAUUUCUCACGUUAUUCUACUUGGAUAGGGUGGAAUUCAUAGGAUCGCAAAUUGAAAGGAAGGCUCCGAUUCUAUGUUGUUGGAACGCUAAGGCUAUAGAAGAAAGAUGUAAGGCAGAGAUAAAGGCCGGAAAUUUUGGGUUUGGAAGGAUUUUGCCUCCUAUACGAAUCAAAAGUGAUGCCGACACAAUUAUUAAUGAUAUUGUACCAGUCCAUUCUACAACAAAUGAUCAAGGAGAGUCAUCACGAAAAUCUACAGAGGAUUUGAUUGAUACCCUUUCAUGUGUUACAAAGAAUUUAGCUACAAACUUUAUUCAAUUUGGUCAAGUUCUCUCCAUGGUUCAAAAACAAUACCCGGGUAGUGAGUGUAUAAAGAAAAUACAAAGCACCGCUGUUGAUAUGUUCACUAAAUUCUCAGAGAAGCAACAACCUCAACCGGAAGUAGAGCCUUUUGUUUCUAAUCUUAAUGAGAAGUCAAAUUCAGACGAGUAUGAUGCUUUCUUUGAUGAACCUGGAGUUCUAGAAGCAAUUGAUGCUCUUGUGAAUGCUUAUCAAGAGACUUGUGGAACACAUAAUCAACAAGAAACUAGGAAGAAAACGAACAUUCCUAAUGAGAUUUGUGCUACUCCAGAACAAGAACAACAACCAGAUGUUCCUAGUUUUGACCUUGGACUUGACCUUUCACCGUUUGUUCGAGCGCCUCAAAGUAAAGAUAUCAAUCUAAUUUCAUCCACUAAUGCAGCUGAGAUUGAUGCAGCUGAGAUUGAUGCACCUGAGAUUGAGACUGAGAGACCCAUAGUCGUUGCUUUACAAGGUCGACUAAGCAACAAAAAGGGGAAGAACAAAGUUGUACAUUUUGAUACGGAAUUAGAGGGAAAACUCGAAAAUAAGAGACAACGUCCUCUAAGGAAGCCAAAGAACCUACCUUUGCAAAUUAGUGAAGUAUUGUAUCAUUACAAAGGAUUUCAAGGUGAACGCCAUCUUUUUUCAUCACUUUUGGAGGAGUAUGUGGACACUGGGAUCAUUGAUAUAUGGUCAUUGCUUUUAAAUCGGAAGGAAGCAGGUCGUGGAUUGGGGUCCCCAAAGAGAUUCUUUAUCCCUCCUACAGCUUGUGUGAACUUGACUGAAGAACUUCUUAGACGGAAAAAACCGGUGCUGCAAUGUGAGCUUGAGUUCCAUAAGAGAUUGUUGAACAUGCUCAACUGCUCCGAGUAUGGAGAUAUGUCAGAUGUCGAUCUUGUAAGUAAUUAG